CACACUGAGCGCACGCCUUAGCUCCCUCCCCGGUAUUUUGUUAUACUCUGCGUUAUUUUCAAUCGCCCAAUCCAGUAAAAAGCUGGAGCUGCAUCUGUGAUGAGAGCCAACGAGGAUAAUUUGUACCGGGAGGAGUUGCCCAACUUGGGCUCGCUUAUCAGGGAUGGUGGCCGCAAGUUGUGUCGACCGGCGACCGUGACCAAUAAGUUCCCGAUUUUAAAGUGGCUGCCUCGCUAUCGGUUGGAGUACAUUAUGCAGGACUUUAUUGCUGGAUUUACGGUGGGAUUGACUACCAUACCGCAGGCGAUCGCCUAUGGAGUGGUUGCUGGUUUAGAGCCGCAGUACGGUUUGUAUUCUGCCUUCAUGGGAUGUUUUACCUAUAUCGUUUUUGGUUCCUGUAAAGAUGUUACCAUCGCUACUACUGCCAUUAUGGCUCUAAUGGUCAACCAAUAUGCCACCAUUAGUCCAGAUUACGCUGUGCUGGUGUGUUUCUUGGCUGGUUGCAUAGUACUUAUCCUUGGGUUGCUGAACAUGGGAGUCUUGGUAAGGUUUAUCUCGAUUCCGGUGAUUACCGGCUUCACCAUGGCGGCAGCCACAACAAUUGGCAGUGCCCAGAUUAACAACAUCGUCGGUCUAACUAGUCCUUCAAAUGACUUGCUGCCCGCCUGGAAGAAUUUCUUCACACACUUGACGUCAAUUAGGGUCUGGGAUGCCCUGCUGGGUGUCUCAUCUCUCGUGUUCCUGUUGCUCAUGACGCGUGUAAAAGAUAUCAAGUGGGGCAAUCGCAUUUUCUGGAAGUACCUUGGACUCUCCCGCAAUGCUCUGGCUGUAAUUUUUGGAACCUUUUUGGCCUAUAUCCUGAGUCGAGAUGGGAACCAGCCUUUCCGUGUUACUGGAAACAUUACAGCCGGAGUACCUCCCUUCCGCCUGCCACCUUUCAGCACUACUGUAGACGGCGAGUACGUGUCCUUUGGCGACAUGAUCAGCACCGUGGGCGCAUCUUUGGGAUCCAUUCCCUUGAUCUCAAUCUUGGAAAUUGUGGCAAUUUCUAAGGCAUUUUCUAAGGGGAAAAUUGUAGACGCCUCACAGGAGAUGGUGGCUUUGGGGAUGUGUAACAUCAUGGGUAGCUUCGUGCUCUCUAUGCCUGUUACAGGAUCAUUUACCCGUACGGCUGUUAACAACGCCAGUGGAGUAAAAACACCGCUGGGAGGAGCAGUCACGGGUGCACUUGUGCUCAUGGCACUGGCUUUCCUCACCCAAACGUUCUACUUUAUACCCAAAUGCACACUGGCUGCAAUUAUUAUUGCCGCCAUGAUCUCGUUAGUGGAGCUGCAUAAAAUUAGGGAUAUGUGGCAAUCUAAAAAGAAGGACCUUUUUCCUUUUGUAGUUACGGUUAUUACCUGCAUGUUCUGGAGUUUGGAAUACGGAAUAUUAUGUGGAAUUGCUGCUAAUAUGGUCUAUAUUUUGUACAGCAGUGCGCGUCCCCAUGUAGACAUCAAAUUGGAAAAAAUCAAUGGUCAUGAAGUAAGCGUGGUGGAUGUGAAACAAAAGCUGGACUACGCAUCUGCUGAGUAUCUGAAGGAAAAGGUAGUGCGUUUCCUAAACAAUCAGAAUGGAGAGACGCAAUUGGUAGUCAUUAAGGGCGAGGAGAUCAACUCCAUUGACUACACAGUGGCUAUGAAUGUUGUCUCUAUGAAGGGUGAUUUGGAGGCUCUUAACUGCGCAAUGAUCUGCUGGAACUGGAAUAUCGCAUCCGCCGGAGUCGUUUGUCGUCUGAACAGGGAUCUUCGACCCAUAUUCAAAUUUGAUUUAACACUUGAAGAGGUAGUGGCUAGCCAUUUCGACAGUCCCUCCAACACAGCCUCCACAGUGACCAUCGAGGCGUAGGCACUCUAGUUUAUUUUCACUAACAUUUAAGCUGAAAGUAUUACCUCAAGAUAACAAUUUAAUGAAGUUGAAUUUAAGAAAAAAAACCACUUGAACGG